GUUGGUCACAUGACACUGAUUAGAAGAUGGCUUCUAUUCAGUGGCAUUCCCGCAUGCGCAGUUAUGACACGGAGUUGAGGAGCUGCCGAGCUUCAGCUUUCUCCGUGCAGAGCAGCGACUACCAUCCACUUAAACCCAUUACAGUGACAGACACGAAGUCCCGGCGUGGAGCCCGGAAAGGCAGCACAUCUUCGUCGUCAUCUUCCUCCAGCUCUGUGGCUCCUGACCCUCUGAGCUCUAUGCUGGAAGGCACCGACCCUCUGUCCCUCUUCGCCGCAGCCUCAGCCAGUGAAACUCCUGUGCUGUCUCAUAGCAGCUCUGCCAUGGAGCUUGGGAGGAAGCGGAAGGAAAAAGAAGAGGAAGUUGGCUGUGAUUUUGAGCCAUGGUCUGCUAAACGGGGCGAGAUCCUGGCCAGGUUCACCACCACUGAGAAACUCUCUAUAAAUCUCUUCAUGGGCUCUGACAAAAGUAAAGCCACCAGUCCCAGCUCUGCUGUCUCAGAGAAAGUACGCAAUCGUCUGGAGGAGCUAGAUGACAUGGAGGAAGGCUCUCAGAGGGAGCUGCUGAACCUCUCUCAGCAGGAUUAUGUAAACCGCAUCGAGGACCUAAAUCAUUCCCUGAAGGAAGCCUGGGCUUCAGAUCAGAAAGUCAAAGCGCUCAAAAUAGUCAUUCAGUGCUCCAAGCUGCUUUCUGACACAUCAGUGAUCCUGUUCUACCCCAGCAAGUUCGUCCUCAUCACAGACAUCCUUGACACAUUCGGUCAGUUAGUUUAUGAUAGAAUCUGGUCCAUGUGCUCGGAUCCUGAUCCUCUGCCAGACUCAUUCUCUGUGGAAGAUGUGAACGACACGGCCAAAGAGACGUGCCUCAACUGGUUCUUCAAAAUCGCCUCCAUCAGAGAGCUGAUCCCUCGCCUGUACGUGGAGGCUGCGAUCCUGAAGUGCAACCGGUUUGUCAACAAAUCAGGGAUUCAGGAGACUCUUCCUCGGCUCACAGCUAUGAUCCGAGGGAUCGGAGACCCUUUAGUAGCCGUGUACGCUCGAGCCUACCUGUGCAGGGUGGGCAUGGAGGUGGCACCACACCUGAAGGACAGCCUGAACAAGAACUUCUUCGACCUCCUGGCGUCUUUCCGACAAAUUCACGGUGACAGCGUUCAGAAUCAGUUGGUCAUCCAGAGGGUGGAGAUUCCUGUCUACCUCACACUGUAUUCUCCUGCCAUCCACUGGAUCCUGCAGUGUGUGGCCUACCGAGCACCCGAUGUGCUGCUGACAGAAAUGAUGGAGAGAUGCAAGAAGCUGGGCAACAAUGCUCUCCUGCUGAACUCUGUCAUGUGGGCCUUCCGCGCCGAGUUUGUGGCAGCCAGAGCCACCGAUUUUAUUGGCAUGAUCAAGGAGUGUGAUGAGGCUGGAUUUCCCAAGCACCUGUUGUUUGGCUCUCUGGGCCGGAGCUUGGCCUGUGCAGAUCCUCCUGAGUGCGAGAGGUUGCCCAUCCUUAAUGAGGCCUGGAAGGUCUUUACCAAAGUGCGCAGUCCACAGGACUAUAUCACAUGUGCUGAAAUCUGGGUGGAGUUUACCUGCCGUCAUUUUACUAAAAGAGAGGUGAACACUGUGCUGGCUGACAUCAUCAAACACAUGACCCCUGAUCGAGCAUUUGAGGAUGCAUAUCCGCAGUUGCAGUCAGUUAUGACGAAGAUCCUCACCUACUUUCACAACUUCUCUGUCCUCUUCUCCAUGGAGAAAUUCUUACCCUUCUUGGACAUAUUCCAGAAAGACAGCGUGAGAGUAGAAGUCUGUAAAUCCAUCAUGGACAUCUUCAUCAAACAUCAGCAGGAGCCGACUCGUGAUCCCGUCAUCCUCAACGCUCUGCUCCAUGUCUGUAAGACCAUGCAUGACUCCGUCAACGCUCUCACUGUGGAGGACGAGAAAAGGGCUCUGGCUCUGCGGAUUAAUGGCUUCAUUCGCAUGGUAUCUUUUGGCCGGGACUUCGAGCAGCAGUUGAGUUUCUGUGUGGAGGCCAGAGCCACGUUUUGUAACUUGGAGCCAGUUGUCAUUCAGCUUAUUCAUAUGGUGAAUCAUUUAGCCAUGGAGACGAGGCGAGUGAUGGGCGGAAAUCACUCACGCAAGACCGCCGCGUUCGUCCGGGCUUGUGCUGCAUACAGCUUCAUCACCAUCCCGUCUCUCAGUAACAUCUUCAGUCGUCUGCAUCUGUACCUGCUGUCAGGACAGGUGGCUUUGGCCAAUCAGUGUCUUUCCCAGGCUGAUUCAUUCCUGAAGGCAGCAGUCAGUAUUUUACCUGAAGUGCCACGUGUCAUUAACAUCGAUGGUAAACAACGUUCUUCUGAACCCUUUCUCCUCGACUUCAUCAGCAACUUCCUGUCCACGCUGCUGGUGGUGCCGGACCACCCUGAGCAGGGCGUGCUGUACUUGGUGAGAGGAUUGUUGAACAUGGUGCAGGAUUACACGUGGGAGGACAACAGUGACGCUAAAGUACGCGUGUACAUCAGUGCUAUACCUCUGCUGGCUGCCAUGAGUCAGGAAACCUAUCUCUACACUAUUCCUAAAGUGGACUCUAACGAGACGCUGUAUGGCGGCGACCCCAAGUUUGUAGCUGAGAUCAGUCGAGUGUGUGAAACUGUGAUUGGCCAAGUGCUGGAUUACCUGAAGACUCUGAGCCAAGACGAGGGAGCACGCCGGCAGGGAACUCUCGCAUUCUCUCUCUUCGGCUGUUUGUUGGCUCAUGGAGAUCUACGCAACAACAAACUCAACCAACUCGCCGUUAAUCUGUGGAACCUGAGCCAUAAGAAUGGCUACUGUGAUACACGCACCUCGGUGCGCACACUGGAGCACAUUAAGCAGCAGGCCCAGCAGCCUGACACGGCUCACCUAUCCGACAUGCUCCUGCGGCUCUCCUUGCAGUCACGGGCCUGAAAUUCAGUGACAUUUGCUGCUGGAUCGUCGUGAGGUCUGAGAUACUGAAGAUCUGACACUGAUGUCUCACCUUCCUGUCACAGGUUAUGUCAAAGAAAUGACAAAAAAAAAUCACGUUACCUUCACAGCACUUACAAAUCAGUGAUCUGUGUGUGUUACUGUGCAGUAGUUUAACUCUGUUCACUUAGACCACAGAGCCCCACACAAAUACAAAGUGUACAGGAACCUGCUUGUGUUGACGUAAAUAAAUAUGGCUCAUGUGAUGCUCUCACUGUCCUGCAACCUGAUUGGUUGGGAGGUAAAACAAUUAUUAAUCAAUAAUCAUUACUUAGUUAAAAAAAAAUAAUACUAUUCUAGUUUUCUAAAUAUCACAUAUGUAGUUUUUUCCACAUUUAAUAAGCUUUAUUUGUAUUUUGUUUCUAGAAUGCACUGGUCACCUGUGUUCCUUUUUAUAUAUAUAUAUAUCUAUAAUCUGUGUCUGAUGCAUUAAACACCGUGUCCAUGUUGAUCUUUGCUGCAGUGUUCAUACCAGUCCAGAACACCUCACUUUGAAGGUGAUCGCUUUUCAUAAGGAACUGUAAUAGAAGCGGCUCGAACCUGUUACAUGCUUCUGUAUCUCUUUUUCUCGAUUUAAGAGAGUAACGAGUGAAGUGAACGGUUCACCCCUUUACUUUUUAUUUACUGAGUUCUUGCAAACGUCAAAGCAUCUGCUUCAGACUGAGGACAACAAAAUUAAAUAAUUCUUCAAAGCCCACUCACAUGUCUCUCUCACACACACAGUAUUAACAGGAGUAAUGCUGAAGUUUGAUCAGAAUGUAAAGAUACAGCAAACACCUCUGUGGUACAAUGGACAUACACACACACCUGUGACAAGGAUACUGAGUAUUUGUUCUGAUUACUAAUUCCUUAUACUUUAAUUAUACAAGUAUUAAUUAAAGAUGCAUUGAUAGCA